UUUGACAAGUCGGUCACGUUUCGAGGAAAGUGUGCGCUAUCCGGGCAACGUGAGUGAGUUCCGGUUGUGUAGGAAAAUAGAACACCCUGCUUGGCCCUCCUAAACCAACAACCGAAAGCAGUGAUCCAACCAACGAUUUUUGCUCUGUCCCCCAAAGGGGUUGCUCAAUAUGUACUAACGUGUGUCCCUGCAGUAAUUCCACAAAUAUGGGGUUCGUAUGGUAGCGUAUCCGGAGUCGCUGGACCGCUGGACCAAAUUUCGUUUGCCGAUGAAACUAAAAGGUAUAGUUAGUGGUGCUGAGUAAUUGGGCUUUUGUGUGGUGAAGGCAGGGGGCGUCAGCUCGAACUUUCGUCGCGUGUUGUGCGCAUCGUUGAUUCGUGAGAGAUGUUAUAAUGAUUACGAUUAACGGCUGACCUGAAUAAAUGGAAUAGUGUUUAGCGGUUUACAGCCGGUUGUUUUUGUGGGAGCUCAAUAGCUCAAUUUUAAUCAUAAGGUUUUCGGCGGAAUAAGUGAGGAUUUUCGGUGAGUCAUCAAGGCUGACAUAACUCAUCAUCUGGAGAGAGGAAAAUUAUAGUACGUCUUGAUUGGUGCUAAGGUGGAUAAAGUGUUACUAUAUUUUCGAAACUAAAGGUUUCAGAAGUGAAUCCAAACAAGGUGCGCUUUCACAUGGCAACGAGAAGAAAGUCGUGAAAUUCAUUCUCCCAAGUGAGCCUAGCCAUUGUGUUAUGAAUCAUUCAACCUUGCCCUUUCAGUGAAUAGUCAUGUUGAGUUGAAAAUUCGAUUCGCUUGAUCCCCGAAUCGAUUUCCAGUUUCCAAGUGAGAAGAAAAAUUUCGAUGAUCCGCCAAAAACAUAUUUCGACCGGGAAAUAGUACCUCCCCACCCCCGACACUCUGACGGAGAAGAAAUAGAAGUGUGAUGAAGCUGAUCGAAGCAGCCGACCGGAAGGGAGCGAACGGUUGUUUGAAAAGCGUGGAUACGGUCUAGGCCCAAUAUCAUUGCCGCCGUCGCCGCCGCCGCCAGCAGAGCAAGGAGAAACGUGUGUCGGAAAAGCUCCCCAACGCGGUUAGCGUCAUCAAUCGGAUCGAACGAGAGCGAAACGAACGACGCUUGCGGAACAAACCCCGAGAAACGCUUCGCCCUUCGCAGAUGAUGACAAUCGGGAGCAAUUUUCGCCUUGGCUACAGAGCGAACCGCGAACCGCGCAACAAUCGUACCAGCAUCUCCAAUCGAUGAGGAUACCGGCCUGGAUCAAAGACAAAUGCUUUCGAAGAGCGAGAACCACAAAAAUGUCCCACUUUACCAACAAUGACCAUUAAUCGCGCUAGUAAUGAUGUUCUGCGACAUCUUGCUUUGCGUAUAGUGAAAGCCAUCCCAUUGCCAUCCCAACAACAACUUUUGUCCGUUCAUCGGACAACGGGGGCUUCCAGCAGCUCGAGCUACCGCGGAUCGUGUCGUCGGCUUGCCGUCUCGUGGUUCAAACGAAGCAGCACAAAAAACUGUCGAGGAUUACGGUGGAUCCAGGUGCUGUGUAUACUGCUAGCAGUGGUAAUUCCGCCGCACAGCCAGAGCUACGCCAAAAAUGAGAAGGAAAAUUUCGUUAAAACAACCGAUGUCGAAGCAAUCGAAGACCACCAAGCGAUCCUAUACUGUCCACUUCUAGCGUCGAAUCGCGAUAAAAUCAAUAUGGUGCUGUGGUUCCGUGACAACGCUGGCAUUCCACUGUACAGCCUUGACGUUCGAGGGAAGUCUCUUAAUGAUGCCCAACACUGGUCAGCGCCGCAAGUCUUCGGAACUCGAGCACGUUACGUCAUCGAGAGUGAUCCAGCAUAUUUGGAAUUGAACGAAAUUAAACGCCACGAUCAGGGCAUUUAUCGGUGCCGUGUCGAUUUCCAAAACAGCCAAACGCAGAGCUUUCGCUUCAAUCUUACCGUCAUUAUUCCACCCGAACCGCCGGUGGUUCUCGACCGUUGGGGACGUGUCAUAAAUAGUACAAUAAUAGGACCAAAGGAAGAAGGAGAUGACAUACUGCUCACUUGCCGAGUUGUUGGAGGCAGACCACAGCCCGACGUGCUCUGGUUCAUCAACGAUAAUCUGGUAGAUAAUCAAAUCGAGCAGAACACCGGUAACGUUAUCGAGAACCGGCUGCUGUGGACCUCGGUGCAGCGCCAUCAUCUGCACUCGGUGUUCACCUGCCAGGCGACCAACACCAAGCUGAUGCCGCCCCGCUAUAGCAAGUUCGUGCUAGACAUGUACCUUAAACCACUCUCCGUGAAGAUUCUAAACUCGACACUCUCGUUGGCUGCCCACAAAGAGUACCGAAUCGUGUGUCAAACCAGUGGCUCCCGGCCGGAAGCUUCGAUAACGUGGACGAAGGGCAAGAAGGCACUAAAACGCUUUAAGGAGCACGUGAUCCGCAACACGACCGUUUCGGUGCUCAACUUUGUACCGACGGUGGAGGACGACGGCCGGCUGCUCGGUUGCCGCGCGCAAAAUCCUAAAGUUCCUGGCCUCUAUCUGGAGCAGUUUCAGAAUAUUAGUGUGCACUACCCUCCAGUGGUAAACAUCCAUCUUGGUUCAACACUUUCCAUCGACGACAUCAAGGAAGGUGAUGAUAUCUACUUCGAAUGCAAGAUACAAUCAAAUCCAGCGUGGCGGCGGCUUGCUUGGCUACAUAAUGGAGUACAACUACCUCAAAACUCAUCGUCGACGAAAAUCGUACGCUCGAACCAGAGCCUGGUGAUACAGAAGGUGACGCGGAGUUCGAGUGGGGCAUAUCAGUGCGGGGCGCUCAAUACCGAGGGUGAAACACUCAGCGAUUCCAUCGUGCUCAGUAUCAAGUAUGUCCCCACCUGUGCCACCGACAAAAUCAUCAGCUUGGGCGUAUCCAUCGAUGAAACAGUAGUCAUCAGUUGUAAUAUCGUAACGCAUCCACCGGCUAGCAGAUUCACCUGGCGAUUCGAGAACUCCGAAGAAGUUAUCGAAAUUGAUCCAACUCAGUACAGUAACAACGGCACCAGUAGUCUCCUCAACUACACCCCGAGCUCGGACCGUGAUUACGGAACACUGUCCUGCUGGGGAACCAACGAGGUUGGAACGAUGGCUGAACCAUGCAUCUACCAGCUGAUAACUGCCGGUCUGCCUACACCGGUCAUCAACUGUGGUUGGACAAAUACUAGCAAUGCGGUGGAGGUCGGCUGUCACGCAGGUUACGAUGGCGGUUUACGGCAGAUGUUUGUUCUGGAAAUGUUGUCCAGCCGGAGUCCCGGCUUUGGAAUCAACCUCACUAACGCAGAAGAGCCCACGUUCUCGACGUCAUUCAUGUGGAUUCGAGAGCAACUGCCAAACAUCCACCAGCCGGAUUCAUUGAAACUCUUCGCGUACGCUGUCAACCAGAAAGGUCACAGUGCGCGGGUGUUCAUCACAGACUUAUUCAUACCAGGCGUCGAAGAGCAGGAGCAUACCGAAAGCAAGCAGUCACCCCUGCUGACGCCAAUUCUCAUCGGGCUGCUUCUCACCAUUGUAGUUAUCAUCUUCGUAAUAGUUGUAAGAAUUUACAUGAAAUCGAAAAGACUUAAGCAAACUAUCGAUAAGGAAAAGCGCUACACGGAGGAGUCCAAAAAUUCGCUGCUUCUCUUGGAUCAGUCCAAGAAGGACAAAACUCAAAAGGCUUCCAAAUGGAAAAAUAGCAUGGGUAGUAGCAUAAAAACUAGAAGUAAGAUUGAGACCCUUGAAGACGAGCAGGACCCCGACCUUAUACCGUACCCUCGACUCACCGACAUCCACCAGGAGGAGCUGAUCCCGAUGAAUUCCGACAUCUCGUUCAAGCCCAAAACCGUCAGAUUGCCGGCAAUCACGCCGAUAGCGUCGACCUCGAGCACCACCCGGGUCAGCUUCAAAGACGACGACAUUUCCGAGGCCGAGAUCAAUCUGAAAGGAAUUGAAGACUUCCUGAUGACGAACCAGGUGCCGGAAAGUUGUGUGUGAUAUCGACAGGUCGUGUUCAAAAGUCUAGUCUGGUAACGCGUCGAAGGUAACGACGCGCGCUGCGUGUGUUCGUGAAACCAAACGCGGGAGGGGGGAGAACUUUUUUACAGACCUUUUUGUGUUUAGCGAGUAAGCUUUGGAUGUGUUUAAGUGCUGUGCUGUGUACGACCUAAUGAAAUGCAUCUUUGUUUCACUAGCUAAAAGUAAUUGGUGGCUCUCUGAAGAUCUUUUAUUUUUUGGAGAAUAAAUAUGAAUGAGUGAAAGCAGUUGUCUAAUGUAAUGUAAUGUAAAUAUAACCGGAGAAAAAACGACGGGAAAUGGAAACAAUAAUUUGAAGAAAAAAAUGAAGCAUAUGAGCAGAGGAACGAGACAAAAAAACUAGCAAAACGUAGAUAAAGGUUAUUAAAAUCUGUAUUCAAUAUGGAAGUGUACCUAAAAGAUAUAUUAUACUAUUAUUGCUAUUGACAGUAUUAUUGAAAGGAUUGUUUGUACAAUAAAGAGA